AUGGCCCCGCCCCCUCAGACUGAACACAGUGAUCUGUGCAUGGUCCCACCCCCUCAGACUGAACACAGUGAUCUGUGCAUGGCUCCGCCCCCUCAGACUGAACACAGUGAUCUGUGCAUGGCCCCGCCCCCUCAGACUGAAAACAGUGAUCUGUACAUGGCCCCACCCCUCAGACUGAACACAGUGAUCUGUGCAUGGCUCCGCCCCCUCAGACUGAACACAGUGAUCUGUGCCUGGCCCCGCCCCCUCAGACUGAACACAGUGAUCUGGCCACCUUAUCCCGCCCCCCUCCAGACUGAACACAGUGAAUACCAUUGCAUGGCUCGCCCCCCAGGAGCUGAACACAGUGAUCUGUGCCUGGCCCGCCCCCUCCGGAACACAGUGAUACACACACAGCUACACACUAUAUACACACAGCACAGCUACACACUAUACACACAGCACAGCUACCCACACUAUAUACACACACACAGCACAGCUACACACUAUAUACACACAGCACAGCUACACACUAUACACACAGCACAGCUACACACUAUACACACAGCACAGCUACACACACUAUAUACACACACAGCACAGCUACACACACUAUAAACACACACUAUAUACACACAGCAAAGCUACACACACUAUAUACACACACAGCACAGCUACACACACUGUACACACACUAUAUACACACAGCACAGCUACACACUAUAUACACACAGCAAAGCUACACACACUAUAGACACACAGCAAAGCUACACACACUAUAGACACACAGCACAGCUACACACUAUAUACACACAGCACAGCUACACACUAUAUACACACAGCACAGCUACACACACUGUACACACAGCACAGCUACACACUAUAUACACACACAGCACAGCUAUACACACUAUAUACACACAGCACAGCUACACACUAUAUACACACAGCACAGCUACACACACUAUACACACACAGCACAGUUACACACACUAUAUACAUACAGCAAAGCUACACACACUAUAUACACACACAGCACAGCUACACACACUAUAUACACACAGCACAGCUACACACUAUAUACACACAGCACAGCUACACACACUGUACACACAGCACAGCUACACACACUGUACACACACAGCACAGCUACACACACUAUACACACACAGCACAGCUACACACACUAUAUACACACACAGCACAGCUACACACACUAUAUACACGCACAGCUACACACUAUAUACACACAGCACAGCUACACACUAUAUACACACACAGAACAGCUACACACACUAUUUACACACAGCACAGCUACACACUUUAUACACACAGAACAGCUACACACUCUAUAUUCACACACAGCACAGCUACACAGUAUAUACACACACAGCACAGCUACACAGUAUAUACACACACAGCACAGCUACACACUAUAUACACACAGCACAGCUACACACACUAUAUACACACACACAGCACACCUACACACUAUAUACACACACAGCACAGCUACACACACUAUAUACACACAGCACAGCUACACACACUAUACACACAGCACAGCUACACACACUAUAUACACACACUAUAGACACACAGCACAGCUACACACUAUAUACACACACAGCACAGCUUCACACACUAUAUAUACACACAGCACAGCUACACACACUAUAUACACACACAGCACAGCUACACACUAUAUAUACGCACAGCUACACACACUAUAUACACACAGCACAGCUACACACACUGUAUACACAGCACAUCUACACACACUAUAUACACACAGCACAGCUACACACACUAUAUACACACAGCACAGCUACACACACUAUAUACACACACUAUAUACACACAGCACAGCUACACACACUAUAUACACACACAGCACAGCUACACACACUAUAUACACACUAUAUAUACGCACAGCUACCCACACUAUAUACACACACUAUAUACACACACACAGCACAUCUACACACACUAGUACUGCAAGUAGUACUACUACUAAUACGUUUACCAUAACGAGAGCUCAUAGCGCAGUUAAUUGGCCGACAAUGUAACAAUAUUAGCUUUCCUUUUGCCAUUGUUUAUAUAUUGUGUCCGUUCUGAAAAUGUGAAAUAAUUUGGUGGUAAAGAGGGCAUUUUGUUAAAUUCCUAUGUAAAGACCAACACUAGAGGAGAGGGGAAAUUUAAAUGAGCUUAAUGGACAAUUAAUAUUAAUCUUAGCUCAUACACACUAUGGGGACGGGGUAUGUGAAUGGGGUUACUUAAUCUAAAAGUCCAGUUUCUGUUCAUCCUAAUUAUCCUUCUCAUUUUACUAAUUACUUUUUCAGGAUCAGAAACAUCUUGGUGAUGCUCAGAAAAAGCUCCAAGAUUGCGACAGAAAAAUAGAAAUUCUCCAACAAAAACCUUUGGAUAAAGGUCCGGUGAUGUCAUAUGUACUGUGUAUUUUAAAGGAAGAUUAGCGUGUAACAAUGAUAAAGUAUCUUUCAGUUUUGAAGGGUUUCACCUCGGGAGCUUUAUUGUUUUUCUGUCACAUGGGGUCUGUUUUGGGUUCCAUCUGCUGCUAAAUGUGGCAAUAUAUGUGACAAACUCAAAGAAAUGGUGUGCAUGGCGUCUGUUCCACUCUCUUAUAGAAAGCUAUGAGAGAGCUGUGCAUAUCCCAUAAUCCUCUGCACGCCAUGGUUUUAUGAUGAAACAUAUUGCGCUUGGAAGUGGGAGACUAUAAGCAUGCAGCUGUGGUUCACAUCUUAUUUGUUUUAUCUUUUGCAAAAAAUAAAUCUCUGACUUAACGUAAAGAAAUUCCUUGCAUAAAGCUUUAUAAGAUGAGUUCUUGCAUAAUGAACUGUGUCUAGACUGUCCCUUUAAAAUAGCUAGUGUACGAAACAGUUCACUGAGACAUGUAGAUAUCUGCGCAGAAACUUUAUACAAUUUUCCAGUUUUGUACAAUAAUGACAGGUGAAGUUCAGCGUAUUACAAUGUCUGCAAAGGGAAAUGGCUGAAAAAAUCUGACUCGUUAGUAGAUCUGAUUGGUGCUUUCAAACAAUCAGAAUACAGAUAGAAUUCAAAGCAUGGUCAGUGACCAAUAAAAUCCACAGGAGAGAAUAAACCCAGCAAUGCAACAAUAUAUCGAGAGACAUAAACUCUGUCUAUUGGGAAUUCAAAGAGAAUUUUAAACGGUUUAGGCGAUAAUACAAAAGUAAGAUAAUUUUUUACAAUUUACUUAUUCCGGAAUAUAAAAUUUACUCGAUAGUCCACACUUAACAGAACUACCAUGUCAAAGUAAAGCUUGCUAUUCUUAUAAUCUGAUGUUUUAUUUUUUUCUCUUAGUAACACCUGCAAUAAAUCCAUUGGAGCAGCGCAUUGAGGAGUUGAGCCACCGUUUUGUGAUUGAGCGUGCCGUGGCUGAAGGAUCCAAGCGCGCCAUCAAGGCAUUACAUCCCGGGAAAGGACUUGUUCAGGUUAGUUAUAAAGUGUAUUCUUUUACCCAUUUCAUCCCCAGAGUGAAUAAUAUGCUUUAACGUCGGUAGCCAAGUAGCCAUGGCUACUAAAUUCUUCUGAGACUUUAAUUUCAAAAAACAAUUUUUUUUUCUUUGCUGCAAUUUGUUCUGCGUUUCACUCUGUCUCCAUAAUGUUUCACCCCCAUUAGUUUUAUUAAAAACUAAAAGCACGUUGUUGUAUGUUCUACAUGGAUCUGACGUUAUACCCGUGGCAAUCCUAGAUAAUCAGUCGUUACUGGUCUUUGGUUUUCCGUUCAGCAUCUAAAUUGUUUGGGGGAAUUCAAAUCUGAAUUGCAAACUGAGGCAAACAUAGACAUGCUGUGUCUACAGCCAUGUUCGAAUUUUCCCAGAUUACCUAUUUUAAUUUCAGUUCUGCAGCUCAGAUUUCAAUUUGCUACAAUCCAAACGUUGGUGAUUAAUCCUGCAGAGUUUUAUUGUAUUGAGCACUAUGUAGAAUUAUAAACCAUUUAGGAAUGAAAUGAAAGUAUGACAAACACUGUUAAGACUUGUGCGUGUCACCUUGGAUAUCAGCUGAUGUUGGACACCACCUCCCAGAUGUUUUUGCCAGGAGAUGAAGUCCAUUGUUUUAUUUAACUUUUUUGCUUCUUUUAUAAUAUUUGAAUUCUUCCAUAUCUUUUAACAGGCUCAAGCAGCACUACACGAGUCAAAUGAAAAGCUGGACCUCCUCAAAUAUGCCUUGGAAGAACGAGUUAAAGAACUUCCUGAUGGCCAUCCUAGGAAGGGUCUUACCACCGAGGAGCUGUCCCUUGACUCUGUGCAGAGCCAAACUGGAACAAAACCCCAGCCCAUAGCACUAACAGGUAUGUUCUUUUCUAUGUGAAAUAUCUGUCAGUCAGUGCAUGUAGUGUUGGUUUUUGAUGUAGAGGUAUGUUUGUGUUUAAAAGGGACUCUAUAGGCACCCAGACCACUUCAGCUCAUUGAAGUGGCCUGAGUGCAUAUUCCCAGGUCCCUUAACCCUGCAAAGUUAUUAUUGCAGUUUUUUAAUAAACUGCAAUAAUUACCUUUGUGGGUUAACUCCAACUCUAGUGGCUGCCUACCAGACAGAGACUAGAGGGACUUCUGAGUCGUUAGAUGACUUUUGGUAGCCUAACUGAUGCUGGGCGUCCUCACACUAUGCAUGAGGAGAUCCAGCGUCACCCCAAACCCAUAUUAUAAUAUUUUCCUAUCAUUGAAGAACUAAUGCGAGCGCAGCCGUUCCCACACAUGCGCAUUAGGUCUCCCCGCCGACGUCAGCAGAGGCAGAGGCAGGAGCAGAGGUGGAACCCUUUCUGAACCACUGGGGGGGACUUGACUUAGGGGGGCACUAUAGGGAAUUAUAGUGCCAGAAAAACAACUUGAUAAAAGCAUUUUAGUUACGAAGAAAGGUAAACAAAUUUAAAUCUGUUUAGUUUGGAAAAACGGCGCCUCAGAGGGGAUAUGAUAAAAUUAUACAAAUAUAUUCGGGACCAGUACAAACCAUUAUCUGGAAAUCAAUUCAUAAACAGAGCUAUACAUAGGACAUGAGGUCACGCAUUUAGGCUGGAAGAAAGGAGAUUUCAUCUAAGGUAAGAACUAUAAGGAUAUGGAAUUCUCUGCCUGAAGAGGUGGUUUUAUCAGAGUCCAUACAGAUGUUUAAACUGCAAUUGGAUAAAUACUUCCAAAAACAUAACAUACAGAAAUAUGAUUUCUAAUUAGUGGGGUAAAAGCUGCUUGAUCCAAGGAGACAUCUGACUGCUAUUUUGGGGUCAAGAAGAAAUAUUUUCCUAGUUUGUUGCAAAAUUGGAAGCACUUCAUACUAGUUUUUUUUGCCUUCUUUUGGAUCAACAGCAAAAACAUGUGAGGAAGGCUGAACUGGAUGGACGCAAGUCUCUUUUCAGCUGUGUAACUUUGUAACUGUGUAACUAUGUAUGUAGUGUUGACUUUUGAAUGCAGGGGUGUAUUUGUGUGUAGUGUUGUCGUUUGAAUGCUGAGAAGUAUACACAUAUAGCCAUACCCUGUCACACACACACUGAUACACAUAUAUAUAUACAUGUAGAUAAGCAGGCACGCACAUUGACACACAUGCAGAUACACAGACACACAGAUACAAACACUGACACACAUGCAGAUUUCCAUACACACAGAAACAAACACUGACACACAUACAGAUACACAGACAUACAGAUACAAAUACGGAUAGGUACACAGACAAACGGAUACACACACUGGACACAUACAGAUAAAUAGAAAAAUCAUAAAAACACACAUACAGAUACAUUAGCUGGUUAAAAUAUUAGCCACCCUCCGGGUUCUUACCUUUUGAUUGCUUUUGAAAGUUAAGGAAUUGCUCUUUCACCUUCCUCCCCCCCCUACCACCCCCCUGUCUAAAUCACAAUGUAUAAUUAUCUAAUUAUCUGAAUAUUUUUAGUAGACAUAUUACUGAGGAUUUACCCAUUCCCAAUGUUCUCAUUAAUUCUGUUUUGCUUUAUUUGCAUAUUUAUUGGGUUUCCACAAGUCUGAAGGUUUAUCCAGAUGCGGUCCCCUUUAAACUUGUAUAGUAUGGACCUGUUGAAACUCUGUUUCUUAAUUACACUUGUGUGUGCUUUAUAUCUCACAGAACAAAUAGUGAAUGUUUCCCCCUAAUUGCUCAAAUAAGCUAAACCUUGUUUGAGGACUGAGUAGGGACUAACUGAAGCUACCAAGUUUUUGUCUGUUUGUAAAUUGAGUUUUAGUUAUUUUACAUUCUGACAGAGACAUAAAAGCUGCCUAAUUGUUGUUCUGACCAAAUCGUGUUCUGCUUAGAACAACUAUGAAGUUCCCUUUAACAAAAUAAUGGUUUUGGAAAGAUGGUAGUGGUGGUGGGAUCCAAGAGGGAACCCAAUAUUAUAUUGUAGGACAUUGGUAAGAAUAGAAUGAAUAUGUUCUUGUGAUGACGUCAAGUAAAACUCUAAUAGCCAUUCUUGCAAUGUUUAUUCUAAUGUUUGACAGGUACCCUGGAAGUGCGACUCAAGGGCUGUCUAGAUAUUCUGGAGAAUGUACCUGGCAGACUAAAGGACCUGUCACAUGUCAUCCCUGGCAGGAGUCCGCGUCGAGGAAGAUUCUCAUUUAUGAACAAAAUAAGAAGAAACAACCGUGUCGGCAUUCUGAGAGUGCAAGAGACUGGUAGCUUUUCCAAUACAGUGAUUUUUCUCUUCUAUUUCCCAUUAUGUGUAUAGCGAUGUUCAAAACAGUGCUCAAUAGCUGGGGUUUCAAGCACUUGCCGCCGACAAUUGUUGAAUUACAUUUCCCAUUAGAAAUACAAAUAUUAGUAUCUGAUAGAAUUCCCUCUCCUCCACAAAGACCCUACAAAUGAACCACAAUUCUGAAAACAUUGUCAAGGAAAUCAGUUGUGUAAUGCAUAUUUCUGGAUAUUCGAGCACAGUUGCUUUAUUUCCACCAAUUAUUUGAAAUAUUCUAAAUGGAGUGACUCUAAACAUCAACAGUGAAGGGAGCAUUACGGUUCUUCCUCGUGGGAAUCCUAUGUGUCAUCUUUAUAUCCUCCUAUACAAAUCAAGAUAGAAGUUGCCUUUUGAAAUGCCCUGCUGGUAUAUGGGAAGAAUACUGGCUCACAAUGCCACUUAUUGUCUUAGCUAAUCAACAGACGAUAUCCGGACUACUUUCCACUUUGUUGGUUUCCAUUGUUUCUCUGGCUCUUUGACUUUACCAGACCAAGACUUACCCACCACUCACAAUCCUACUAUGACUACGAUCACCUGAACUUUCCUGAUUAUUUGUUAUGCUGAUAGCAUUUGUGAUUUUCUAUGAAUACAAUCCGUUGCUUUUCUCCCAUUACCAUUCCACUUCCUUUAAAAUUGUAUAAUUCCUUUUAUAAUGAAUAUAUAUAUAUAGGACAGUGACAUGUGAUAUAUUACAUUAAAUUAUUAUGUGCCUUUAAACUCUUAAUAAAUUGAAGUUGAAAAAAAUCACAAUAUACAUGCUAUGAUAGAAACAUUUAUCCCCUUAAGGACCAAACCUCUGGAAUAAAAGGGAAUCAGGACAUGUCACAAAUGUCAUGUGUCCUUAAGGGGUUAAAUACAUAAAGGGAAUCAACACAGUAAAGGAGGAGACCAUAUUUAAAAGAAGAAAAACUACCACAACAAGAGGACAUAGUCUUAAAUUAGAGGGACAAAAAAAAUAAAAAUAAUAAUAUCAGGAAGUAUUACUUUAUAAGAGAGGGUAGUGGAUGCAUGGAAUAGCCUUCCAGCUGAAGUGGUAGAGGUUAGCACAGUAAAGGAGUUUAAGCAUGCGUGGGAUAGACAUAAGGCUAUCCUAACUAUAAGAUAAGGCCAGGGACUAAUGAAAGUAUUUAGAAAGUUGGGCAGACUAGAUGGGCCGAAUGGUUCUUAUCUGCCGUCACAAUCUAUGUUUCUAUGUUUCUACAUUCCCAUAUCAUGCCUACUGCUGCUUUACAUCCACUAAAUCUGUUGAUUCAGGACCCCAGCCUGCUAAACCUGCUUUAGAUUUCAAUAGAAAUUGGCACUUUUAUAAAUUCACUAUAUAUUCAAUUCUAUUUACCUAUCAACAAACAACCUUUAAUUUCCCUUCCCCCUAAAUUUGCCAUAUUCAGGCUAAUAUUGCCAUAUUCAGUACCAUAAUAAGAAAUUAUUAAUAUUACUAUUCGCAGCAGCUCAAAAACAAUAUUUUAAAUUGAUAGACAGCCACAAUGACCUCAUUUAAAAUCAAACUCUCUUACCUGUUCCCUAUGAUUUACUUACACACACUAUCUUAGUGAAACAAUUCUGUGGACAAAUCUGGGGACAAUAUAUACCCACACUAAAUUUAACCACCCAAAGGCAAAUCAAACUACUCUAGAAUAUAUAUCUUGGUACUGGGGCCAGGGCUAAAGUGGUUGCGGAGGGCUCAUUAUACAAACACCAUUAUCUACAUUUUCUUCCAAAAAAGACAGAGGAUAAGAACACAAUUUUCAACAUAUUUUUAGUUAAUACGUUCUUGUGUUAUUUUGUUUUUUUACAUAUAUCUCCUGGCUUAUAUUUAGACCAUGUUAACCGGCCACUACAAAUUUAUCUAGAUUUGUUUUUAACAGAAAACAAGAGAAUGCACUACCCAAAAGACAUCAAACUCCUAGAUCUUUGGUUAAAGAUGGCAGAGGCAACUUUAUGCUGUCAUCUGUGUUUUGACCAUGGCUGUGUGUUGAUUCUAUUCUCAGUUAGAUGUAUUCUUUAUGAUAAAGUACUCGGAGCCUUUUAUGUUCAUGACAUUUCCUUACAGGUGAAGUCUGUGCUCAGUUGAAGAUUGACCACAUUUUAAAGGGUUCUACAAAUUGGAAAACUGUGUCUAAUCCAUCCUGGGAUGAAACGUUUAAACUGGAUUUGAACAAGGUACGGAUGUGUUUAAACCCAAGUAUAUUCACCCUAGAAAGGGACAUUUUGCAAAAAGAUUUGCUGAUAGGAAGAGUAAAGGAAAAUUAGUAGCAAAAAAAGAAACAAACAAAAAAAAUGUUUCUUGUUAUGCGAAUGUCUGUAUUGUUUUUUUAUGUUUUGUUAGUAUCAAUACUACAUAUUCCUUAUUAACAUCCAUUGGUAGCCAGAGGAAGAACUCAUAAUAAUGUAAUAUUUGCGAGUCCUGUAAAGGGUUGUCCUGGUCAGUUUGAUUGGAAAAUAAGAAAAGGGCAUUUAAAGCAUUUAAAUCGGACAAAUCAGAGGCAUACUAAAUAAGAUAUAAGGAAGCCAAUAAUGCGUGCGAAGAGGCAAUUAAAGUGGCUAAACUAGUAAAUGAGAAAUGGAUAGCCAAAGAAUGCAAAACCAACCCCCAAAUUGUUUUCAAGUACAUCAAUUCUAAAAAAAAAUAAAAAAAUGAAAGUGCAGGUACACUGGAAACAGAGAUGGGUCUGUUAGUUAAUGAAGACCAGGAAAAAGCAGAAAUUUUAAAUAACGAUUUUUCUUCAGUAUAUAUUAAUGAGGAUCCUAUGGCAAGAGAUAUGCAAAUGAUUGCUGCAAAAUACUUGCAGAUAGCUUGUGAUUAGAUGACUUGAGACAAGGUGCUAAAGCAGUUAAAGAAAAUUAAUGUACAUAAAGCUCCGUGACCUGACGGUAUUCACCCACAAGUACUUAAGGAGCUAAGUGGGGAAAUAAGUAAACCUCUGUAUUUAAUCUUUUAGGAUUCUUUUGUUUCAGGUAUAGUACCAGAGGUUUGGAUGAAGGCAGAUGUCGUUCCUAUAUUUAAAAAAUGUUCAAAAUCCUUGCCUUAAACUGUGAGCUUAACUUCUGUGACUGGGAAAAUAUUUGAAGGGCUAUUAAGGGAUAAUAAUCAGGAAUUCAUUCAGAAGAACUUUGUUAUUAGCAAUAAUCAGCAUGGUUUUAUGAAAUAUAGGUCAUGUCAAACUAACCUAAUUGCAUUCUACAAAGAAGUAAGUAGAAGUAUAGAUCAGGGUGUUGCAGUGGAUGUGAUCUACUUGGAUUUUGCCAAGGCAUUUGAUAUGGUUCCUCACAAUAGGUUAGUCUUCAAACAAAAAGAAAUUGGUCUAGCUGAAUAUUCUUGUUCUUAGGUAGAACAUUGGCUUAAGGAUAGAUUACAACGAGUUGUCAUUAAUGAUAAUUUUUUAAGCUGGACAAAAGUGGUACGUGGUGUCCUUCAGGGUUCUGUUUUAGGACCGCUUCUAUUUAACAUAUUUAUAAAUGAUCUUGAAAUAGGCAUUGAAAGUCAUGUUUUAGUGUUUGCAGAUGACACAAAUCUUUGUAAAGUAAUAAAAUGUGAGCAGGAUAUUGCUUUGCUGUAGAGGGAUUUAGAUAGAUUGGGGGACUGGGCACUAAAAUGGCAGAUGAAAUUUAAUCUAGAGAAAUGCAAAGUUAUGCACUUUGGGGUCAAGAAUGCACAAUCAACUUACACCCUAAAUGGUAGUGAACUAGGGAUAACCACACACGAGAAGGAUUUUGGGAAUUGUUAUAGACAACAAAUUAGGCAGCAAUAUGCAAUGUCGAUCUGCAGUUGCUAAGGCCAGUAAGGUUUUGUCAUGUAUAAAUAGGGGUAUAAAUUCUCGGGAUGAAAAUAUAAUUUUGCCUCUUUAUAAAUCGCUGGUAAGACCACACCUUGAAUAUGCUCUGCAAUUUUGGGCACCUGUUCUAAAGAAGGAUAUCAUGGCACUAGAAAAAGUGCAGAGACGAGCUACACAAUUGUUAAAAGGAAUGGAGCAUUUUAGUUACGAAGAAAGGUUAAAAAAUUAAAAUCUCUUUAGUUUGGAAAAACGGCGCCUCAGAGGGGAUAUAAUAACAUUAUACAAAUAUAUUUGGGGCCAGUACAAACCAUUAUCUGGAAAUCUAUUCAUAAACAGAGUUGUUAAAGGACACUAUAGGCACCCAGACCACUUCAGCUGAAUGAAGUGGUCUGGGUGCCAGGUCCCUCUAGUUUUAACCCUGCAGCUAUGUUUCACUGAGGGUUAAUCCAGCCUCUAGUGGCUGUCUCACUGAGAGCCGCUAGAGGUGCUUCCGCUAUUCUCACUGAGAAAAUCACAGUGAGAAGAUGCUGGAUGUCCAUAGGAAAGCAUUGAGUAAUGCUUUCCAAUGGGCGGUUUGACGGUGCGCACGGCUCUUGCUGCGCAAGCACAUUCGGAGCUGACGUUGUCAGAAGAGGAGAGUUCCCCAGCGCCGAGGGAAUUGGAGUAAGGUAAGUGGCUGAAGGGGUUUUUAACCACUUCAGCCCAGCGGGAGGGGGGCCAUGAACGUGGGGGGGGGACCUAAUGACCCUAUAGUGCCAGGAAAACAAGUUUGUUUUCCUGGCACUUUAGUGGUCCUUUAAGUGUUUAUUUUGUUUUUCUUUCUCUAGAAAUUGUUUGAAGAUGUUUGAUAACAUUACGUAUAUAUUGCAUAUUUUAGUUAUUUGGUAGAAAAUGUUUGUCACUAGGGCUUUUUGUUAAAGGAAUUCUGUCAAGCAUUAUGUAACAGUUUUGUUUAAUUGUCUAUUUUUCACCACAAAUGUGCUUGAAUAGGUCCAUACUGAUUCUAAUUCUCCAUACAUUCUGUGUCUAUUUGGUGUUCUGUACGUAUGACCUGACAUGAACUGGGAUCAAUCUCUCAAACCGAGCAAAUCCUGCCAUGUCAAGUCUACAUAUAUUCCGGAUUAGUAGUGUGGAUAGUGAUGGACCAAAAAUGUAACAUUUUUAAGAACUUUACAUUUCUAUAUUUUCAUCCUCUAUGUAUUGAUGACAUUUUUAUUUUCUUUAACCCCUUAAGGACACAUGACGGAAAUAUUCCGCCAUGAUUCCCUUUUAUUCCAGAAGUUGUGUCCUUAAGGGGUUAAAUGUGAAAAUAGUAAAUGUGUUUAAAACAUGUGAAAAUGGUUGCUAAUGGUCAGAAAAAUACAUUCCUAAAGAAAUAGGUUUGUUGAAGAAAACCUUUUUUCCAUUCUUUUUUUUAAAACGAUUACUUGUAUAAUUUUCUACAUAGUCUCGAGAACUAGAAUUAUCAUUGUACUGGCAUGACCGGAGAUCACUGUGUGCCACCAAGACUCUGAGGUUAGAAGAAUUUCUGGUCAACCAGAAACAGGAACUGUGCCUACAGCUGGAGCCACAGGGCACCCUUUUCAUCGAGGUGAGGAGUGGAGAACUAGUCUAGGGACUUCAUCAAUUUAUAUUUAUUUACUUAUUUUAAUUUAAUAAUGCUUAAAUAAAAAGUAUGAUUCAAUUACACAAUUUUGCAAUUAAAAGCUAAUGAAAUUAGUUUUUCUCCAAUUUUACAAAUUUAGUGUACAAAAAUAGCACUAUGAAGACUAUUGACUAAAUAUCUAAUUGUUACGAACUGUAAACAGAAUGAGAAAAUGUAUGCAGCAAUUAUGCAGCAAUUUAUCAUUCCCUAAGUAAUUCCCUAAGUCAGCUCUAGUCACAUUUUGGCUUUCUAACUUAACUUUGUGACUCAGUUUUCAAUUCACGCCAUUGAACCCCUAAAUACAUAUAACUUAUUCCCUAUGUUAACACUCAGAGGAUCUUUACUUUUCUAAAUAAAGAACACUAUAUCAAAUGCUUAACUUUUUAGCUAAACAAAUAGCUUUGCUUAAUGUGAUCAGCUGUAGAAGUGCAGAUUUCUAGCCAUUUAUUUUCCAUUCGUGUGUCUGUUUAUAUGUUGGUGUGGCACAAUGAGGAUAUUAUGAUUUACUUCCAGCAGUUAACUCUUUUGGUUUGUUUUUGAAUAGGUGGUAUUUUCAUAUCCUUUACCCCAGAAAAGGACCAGACUUCAGAAGCUUAAGAAGCUCUUCUCCAAAAAAAAAGGUAAUUCUAUGUUUAACAUGUCUCGCAAAAAAAUAUUAUUAUUUGGUUACUAACAAGAGGUGGACCCCUGUACCUCAGUAUGGGCCCCCAGCAUUAUAGAAAACUUCAAACUAGUGAUCCAUUGUGAAUGGACUUGCAUUCACUUACCUGUGUGGGAUAUCGCAAGUUUCAUUUUCUUGUGGGCCGUCAGAUUAAUGUAUGUGCGACCAUUCUAACAUCCAUAGUGCAUUAUUGAUCUCUGUGUAUCAUAUACAAUACUAAUUUUAUGUUCUUUGCUACCUUUAUAGGAAAUACCAUCCAUCCAGCUGCAGACAUUAAUGCAGUAAACGACUCUCUUCCGUUGUCUGUAGAGGACACUGAGUGUGUGAAGCCACCAAUACCAGCUGUGGCUGCCUUAAUGGAAGAUGUCAUCCAACCAUUGCCAGAGGAAGAUAUCAUUAUUGACCCUCUUCCACUGCGGGUAGCAGACACUGACAGCUCGGAGCUACCACCACCAGCUGCCACUUCCUUUACGGAAGAGAUCAUCCUACCAUCUCCAAAGGAAGAUAUAAUUAUUGAUCCUCUUCCAUCAGCAGUAGCAGACACUGACAUCUUGGAGCUAUCACCACUAACUGUUACUUCCUCAACAAAAGAGAUAAUCCAACCAUCUCAAGAGGAAGAUAUAAUUAUUGACCGUCUUCCAUUGUCUGUAGUGCACACCGAUAGCUUGAAACUAUUUCCACCAGUUAUCACUUUCUUUACAAAAGAGAUCAUCCAAACAUCUCUAAAGGAAACUGUAAAUAUUGACAGUGCUCCACUGCCAGAGAGUGUAGAGCAAUCACCAAGAGCUGACGUUACCAUUAUAGAAGAGGCCAUUGAAGUUGAACCACCUCCAGAGGACAAUGGCACUCUUUCAUUGCCAGAAGAGGACUUGAAAAACCAAGAGCCAUCAUCGUCAGCUAGGUAUUCACAUAUUCAUCUUUCUCAUCAAUGCCGUUAGGCCAUAAACCUGCUACACAUUUUCCAUAAGCUCCUUAUUUGCUCCUCUUUUCCACUCCCUCCCAUCCCAUUUCAUUUAUGUAACAAGCAUGUCAUAUAUUAAAGGGAUUCUGUUUGUACAGUCUGUCUGACAAACAAUGAUGUGUGUCUCUGGACCAAUGGUAUGAUAACGUACACUGUGUCUUAUAGGAACAUUUACUUUUGGGUUUUUGUUUUUUUCAUGGAGGAGGGGGCUGUAUGCCUAAUAGUGAUGUCGCGAACCAUUUGAAGGCAGGUUCAACAUGGAUGCUGGCCAGGAGGUGGGAGGGUCUGGGAGGGAGGGUCUGCUGGAGAUUGGCCGGGAUGUGUCAGCUGACCUUCGUGGCGAACCGCGGCAAGCCGUUCGCAGGAAGUUCGCGAACUGUUCGCGACAUCUCUAAUGCCUAAUUAAAAAUAUAUUUUUAAUAAUAUUAUUUAUAUAAUAUUAAUAAUAUUUAAAAAAAAACAUUUUCUUUACUUUGCAGUAUUCAGGAAGGGUUUGCUCUGACCAUUCAGGAUUUCGAAUGCCUCUCUGUGUUGGGCAGAGGACAAUUUGGAAAGGUGGGUUUUGGGAUGGAUUCCAAUUCUAGUUAGAUAUAAAAGGUGUGAAAACAAAUGCAAUUUAACAAAAUACUUCCUUUUUCAUUUCAGGUCCUGCUUGCCGAGUACAAAUAUACAAAGACCGCAUUUGCCUUAAAAGCCCUGAAAAAAGAAGAAUUAAUUACAAAUAAUACUAUCCAUAGGUCAGUAAAUGGAGUGUAAUAAAAAUCUUAGUUUGAUUAUUUUUGGGGGGAUUGGGGUCCUGUUUGUCAAUUUUUUGUUUGUGAGCAAAGAAUUGUCUUCAAAAAAGUGCUUACAUUAGGUAUUAUUUGUUGUUUCCAAGGCUUGCAUAUGAGAAGCAAAUUCUGCAGACCAUAAGCAGCAUACAAUACCCUUUCCUUGUGAAUCUCAUUGCAAGUAUCCAGACUCCAGAUUAUGUCUGCUUUGUGAUGGAGUAUGCCGCAGGUGGAGACCUUCUAGCAAAUAUUAAGAAAAACAACUUGUGUCCAUUUUCAGAAACCAGAGCUAUGUAAGUAUAAAUAGUUUUUAGAUUCUGACUACAUAUCUAAACCUCUAAACAAAAUGUUUGCAACUGAUGACUUAAAGGGACACUCCACUGCCCAAAUACAAAAAAAGAAAUCACUGUUUAGUAGUUUAAUUAUCCAUUUAGUAGUCAGGGUAUAUCUAAAAACAGCCUGCAAAAACUGCAGAUCUCCUGUCUGCAGCCUUUACAAGCCCUCCCCUUCUAAUCCCGCCCAGACUUUCUGUGGCUGUCCAAUGACAGACUUCCCAAAGCAGCUCAAUGAGAAGUCUUUGUAAGCUAGGUGCUCUGGGCAAUUGCUGCCUCUUGAGUUUAGCUCCACUGAGCUAAUCGAACCAGGAAGUAACAGGAGCUGUUGUAUGAUUGACAGCCAGGGGGAGUCUCCAGGUUAAUUUUAUUGAAAUCUUCACUUUUUGUAAAAAUGAAAAAAAGAGGAAACACUCUUUACACGUGAAUUAAGGUGAAUUACAAAUCCAUGAAGUCUACACAGAUUACGAUAGAAGAUGACUGUUAAGACCUGGGAUACAAGACAAUGCAGGAAACAUGUCUGGGCAUAGAGUGACGCAGGAUGGGUAGAAUCAAGUGCUGCAAAAUCUAAAUUUCCUUCCCUAGAAUAAAAAUGACGAAUUCACUUUUCCACAGGUUCUAUGCUGCGUGCUGUGUGCUGGGCCUAGAAUUCUUGCACAAAUUAAAUAUUGUUCACAGGUAAGUGUAUAUUAUUACUAUUAUAUGUUAGUUAUAUUAUUAUUGUAAUAUUAAAUAAUUAUGUCAUGUGUUAGUUUAGUCCUUACAUCUAACCUUUUAACAAGUCUAAAUAAUAAAACUCCAAGUUCCCUCUAGUGAUACGUACAAUUAAUAAACUAUUUUUCUGCAUUUUAAUCUAGAGAUAUCAAAAUGGAAAAUAUUGUUAUAGACAAGGACGGAUAUGCCAAAAUCACGGACUUCGGUUUUAGCAAAAGAGGUAAAUAUUAUUUUAUAAUUAGUAAAAGUCAUUUCUCACAAAGUUACAGAAUUAAACCUUAUUCACAGACAAAUAACAUCCAACUACAUACUGAAUUAAAAAUAUAUAUGAAACACAAAAACGCAUAUAUUUAUAGAAUUCGAAACAAGAGGCCAUUGUACAAAUUCAAAUCCAGUUGGAAGUCCAGGCGAUUCUGGAGCAACAACCAGAUUAGAUGCUGGAACACAAUAGAGAUUAGUUAAUAUUUGUACAAAGUUACAGAGAGAAGAUGUAGCUGCAAUGCACCAACUCCUUGCAGCCAUAUUCUAAUAUCACCUAGAAGAAAUAUAAAUAAAAUAAUUAAAAAUAAAAUAUACUGUAUGUCAGCAACAUAAAUGCAAUUUCCUGAAAUGAGGAAUCUGUCAAUAUUUUUACUUACGUAUAUUUAUAUUUUCUGAGGGAUGGGAUACAGAUAUCGAACCAGAACAUUUUGUGGCACCCUGGAUUAUAUGGCACCUGAAAUGGUUAUGGGAAGAUCAUACACAAGAUCUAUCGACUGGUGGAGUCUUGGCAUUGUUACUUACAUAAUGUUGACUUCAGGGGUAAGAAUUGCUUACUUUUACACAUUUGCAGGUUUUCUGUUUUGGAAAUCAAAAUCCCCUGUGUGAUAUUAUACGGGCAGCCGAUGUAGAAUGGUCAGAAUUAAUGGACACCGUGAGCACCGUAACCACUACAGCUUAUUGUAGUACUUUGAUUACACUCUGUACUAUAUUGUGCUCGUAUUCCUUUUUACAUAUACAUUGUUUUAUGGUUCAUAUUCAUAGGUUGUUAUUUUCAUGACUUUCCCUGCAGUGUGAGUGUGUCUAGCGCAAUAAUAAAUACAUAAUUUGUCACAAGAGCUCAUUUAUUUAUUUAUCAAAUAUUUUACCAGGAAAGAUACAUUGAGAUUUCUCUCGUUUUCAAGUAUGUCCUGGGUCCACAAAUCAUUGCAUUGUUACAAUAGGGUACAAUGAAAUACAAAAAUAAUAUUAAUACACAAUAUAUACAAAAUGUAACAUAGAACAGGUAGGAAAUAUAUAAUCAAACAUGACAGGUGCAUUCUGUUUUGAGGUAUGUAGAGAGGGAUCUCUUAAAGGACUUUAGGCUUAGGGAAGAUUUGAAAGUGUGCGGGAGGUCGUUCCACAAUUGUGGCGCUCUGUAGGAGAAGGAGGAUCGGGCCACUUUCUUUUUGUAUUAAAGUAGACUAAAUAAAGUGUUGGUACUGGAUCGGAGGUUAUAGGAAGUGGGAACAGCUGGGGAGAGCAUUUUGUUCAGGUAGGGUGGGAGCUUCCCAGAAAAUCUCUUAAACACAAGGCUGGAAAGAUGAAGGGUGCGUCUGGAUUCCAGCGACAACCAGUUUAGUUAUUUUAGCAUGUCACAAUGGUGACUCCUGUAAUUACAUUGUAGCACAAAUCGGCAGAACGAGUUAUACAAUGUGUUGAGUUUAUUAAGGUGGGAUUGCGAUGCAGAUGCAUAUACUACAUCCCCAUAAUCAAUGAUUGGCAUCAGCAUUUGCUGUACAAUCUUUUCCUUUACUGUAGGGCUUAGGCAGGAUUUGUUUCUGUACAGGGCACCUAGUUUUGAAUAAAGUUUAGAUGCAAGCUUUUCUAUGUGCAGGCCAAAAGAUAGAUUGGGGUCUAACAUCAUACCCAAGUAUUUGAAAGAGUGGACAGUGUGCCAUUUGAUUUUGUUUUGAUGGAUAGGUGGGAAUUGUGUAAUUUGUGUAAUUUAGGUACUGUUCCAAAGAUCAUUGUGACAGUUUUGUCAGUGUUUAGGAAGAGUUUGUUUUUUGCGAUCCACUUUUCUACCUCUGUAAACUGGUCUUGUAGCACAGCCUCGAGCUGCGGUAGAUUGGAUUUGCUCGCAUAGAUCACUGUGUCGUCUGCGUACAUGUGUACAUUUGAGGAUUUGCAGACAUUAGGCAGAUCAUUUAUAAAUAAUGUGAAUUGUAGGGGGCCGAGAAUGGAACCUUGGGGAACACCACAUGUGACUGGGAGAGGGAGGGAGUUGCUGUCAGAAAUGGACACAUAUUGCGAGCGGUCCAACUGCUGACACACAAUUAUUCAUAAAAUGUUGACAACUACUAACUUCUAAUAACAACCUAUGAAUAUGUAUCUAUGCUCCCUAAAUACCUUGCUUCUAAAUAAAGACACUGACAAUGUUUUUGGUGGAUAGGGCAUGGGCUUUACUUAGCUGAACAACUUGCCAGCAACGAUCCAAAAUAAACUGUCAGCUGCCGGCUGAGUACAGGCAGACAGAUAAACAUUUACUUUAACCCACUGCAGUCCGCACUCUGCCUUCAGCUUCUAUGCAAACCCCAAAUGUUCUCAUAUAUCUGCUGAGCUGGCGAGGGCACCGCUGCUGUAACAACGCAGAGAAAAAUAAAAAACACAACCCAUGAAUACAAACAACCCAAUAUCCUACUCCCUAUCACUACUAUAUAAAAACCAGGGCGGGUGGGGAAACAGGUCAGCCUCACCCAACACUCAUGCUACCAAAUGGUAAGGACCAACCAGCUCUCCCCUAUUUCUCACCCUCACUUUUUGAAACAUUGUAGCCAAAUAUUUUGGUUGAUUCAAUCCCAGAGGUGGGUACGAGUGUCAUACUUCCUUGGCUAUCCUCGGUUAUACCACUUUUGCAUCUUAUGACCUUGCGCUCAGUGCUUUACAAACUAAAAUGCACUUUUUCUAAAUGUAUUUUUCUUUUAGUUUCCCUUCCCAGGUGAUAAUGAAAGAGAGGUGAUGAGUCACAUAGUCUACACUGAAGCCUACUAUCCGGAGUUCCUAUCUCUGGAAGCAGUCUCAAUAAUAAGAGGUGUAAGUUGCUUUUUAAUUCUGAUAGAUUGAGUAAGGUGAGGUCAGAUUUCUAGUCUCUACUAAUGAGUGGAAGAUCAUUGCUGACAAGCUGUCCUGGGAAGAAGGAAGUCUCUGAGCAGCUUGUUCUAAUAGCAGUUGUUAUGUAAGGUAGGAGACAAGCCGAUGAUGACGUUCUAGUUCCUGGAGGCCCCAGGACUAGAGUUCCUGCAUGGAGCUCUGCUUCUGAGCUGUAUAGCUCUUAUGGCUUUUCAUACUGUAAUAAUGUAUCACGUCAUAUCUCAAUGUCUUGGAUAAAUACAAGCCAAGACCUUGUUUGAAUCUUGACAGAUAUUGGGAAGUAACAUAGAAGGUACAGGAAAAGACUCAAGACUUUGGAUGGGUUUUAGACGAAGGGAAUUAGAUUUUCUUUUCAAUUUUCUUUUAGUUUUAUUUCAUAUUUUAAGAAUAUAUGUUCUCAUUAGUUAUGCACAUUUCAGCAUAGUAUAUACACCUUUCAUUUUGUGGAAGCAGGAAUCAUGCCAGCAAUCAGGGGAGAAGAACUAUGUCUAGGCACCAGAACAAGAUGCUAUGGUUACAUGGUGCCUACCAUUUAUUAUGCUCUGCAUUACCCUAUACAGAGUAUCUGCAACAAUAAUGCCUGGAAUUCUGAUUUUUAUUUUAUUAACUUUUUUCAGCUUUUAAAUAAAAAUCCCAGAGCCCGUCUGGGUUCCAGCAAGGAUGACUCCGUCGAUUUGAAGUUACAUCCUUUCUUCGAAGUAUGUCCGUGUUCUAUUAAUUCCUUUACCAUUGAUGUGUAGAGUUAAUGUCCAUUUCUUGUCUGAUUUAGCUUAGAGUGGAGCUGUCACUUUAGAGAGUUAUACAUAUUUUAACAUCUUAAUCAGUAUUAUAUUUUAGCUGCGCUUUUAAAAUAAAUACACAAUGUUCCACGAAUUCUUGUAUUUGCAUGCAUUCAGAGAAUUAGAGGGAAAUUAUAUCCAGCUUCAAUCAUCCAGUCACCAUCUACAUGUCUGAAGUACCCUGAACCCCGAUAAACACUUUAAAUGUGACAGUUCCCCUUUAAAAGUUUGCUGUAUAUAAGAUAAGAACAGUUCCCUGACUAGUACAAGUGAUAAGCCAGAUUUAAAGAAUAUAUAUCUGAAUGCGAAUAGAAUUCCCAAUAUAGUGCUGAACUCACAAGUCUUUAGGGAAUAAUAUUCUUCCAAUUUUACGGUUAAGUGGCUGUUUGCUGACAAUUAUCAAAACAUGAAGUUGGAAUCAGUGGUGGUUUUUGAAGUUUAAAGAUAGUGGGCACUAUUUCCUGUGACUUGUUGAGUUCUGUCUACCUAAUCCAACUAUUUAAACCAUGACCGAACAAGACUACAUGUCAUAUUGAAAACCGUAAUCCUAUAGAUACAAACAUUAAGGAACAAUAACCCCUUUAAAGAUAUCUAACUCCACCUAAUGAUGCUGCUACCCAAUGACAGCAUUAAAAGAGAUGGUAAGGCCAGGAUUUUGAGCAUCCAAGAUUUUAAAAACCGAGUGCAAAGCCAUUGGCGGGUAUCGGAAAUCCUUCUAGAACAGAUUAACAUGUCUUAGAUGUUUAUACCCAGAAAUUGGGUGUUCUUUAAAAAGUAAUGCCAAAAUCUUGAAAUCUAGACAUCAAUAAAGGAGGAGAAACUGCAAAUAUAAUCAUGACAGGCACAACAGGUAUUUUAUCUAACAUACACUUACAGAUUUUAUUUGAUUUUUUUGCAAUAAAAACUCUAGGGGUCACUGUUUUUCCUGCCCCUAUGGGCCAGCCGCCACUAUUUUUGUGAAAUGUUUUUGAUAUCUGUUAUUUUGUAUUCUUAGUUCACUGAUUUAUAUAGUGACACUCAUUGCUUAUCUUUCUCAUUCUCUUCAAACCCUUUUUCUUUUUUUUUUAACAGGACAUAAACUGGAUUGCGUUGCUGUGUAAAGAGAUCAGACCUCCAUUUGUGCCAGACAUUGCCCGACCAUAUGACGUCAGUAACUUCGAAACAAAAUAUACAUCACAGGCCCCCAUUCUAACACCUUCAGAAAAGCCACUGACAGCGGAAGAGCAAGAUCUAUUCCAAGGUUUCGACUGGGAGGCCGACUACGAUGAAGAAUGA